AUGCCGCUACCAAUAGGAGGUGGGGGAGGGAUAGGUGGAGUCCCACCAAAAGACAUGGGCCUAGGGCCAUUUGCUGUAGGAGGUGGUGGUGGGAAUGAAGCAGGCAUUGGAGGAGGGGCUCUAGGAGGAUUUCCAAGAGGUGCACCAGAUGGCCUUCCUUGUGUUGGAGGAAGUGGUGGGGAUGGACCUUGGGGUGGUGGUGGCAAAGGCCUUGGUGGGACACCAGGGGCCACUAUGCCGUUAGCUGCAGGGGCCUAUGUCCUAGAAGAGCAAGGAAUCCUGCUAGAGCUUGUGGAUCCAAAGCUUGGUUCAAGCUACUCCUCCGAAGAGGCAUUGAGAAUGCUCAAUUUGGCUCUCUUAUGCACCAACCCCUCUCCCACCCUCAGACCAUCAAUGUCUUCCGUAGUAAGUAUGAUUGAAGGAAAAAUUGCAGUCCAAGCUCCAAUAAUCAAGUGCAGUGAAACAAACCCGGAUGCAAUGUUCAAAGCCUUUGGGAAAUUAUCACAAGACAGCCAAACACAAUUCUCUACAAUUUCACAAGAUAGUCCAAUGCAGAGAGAAAUUUCAAUGACUGGGCCUUGGAUUGAUUCCUCCAUUUCUGUCUACAGUAAGGAUGAGACCCGAGACCAUUCUUCAUUGAGCAAGCUUCUUCAGGAUCUAUAUGAUGUAAACAUAGAGUAA